AUCGCCAGCUUCAAUGGUAUGUGUGUAAACAGAAUCCACCAAGGGAACGCACUUCGCUCCAGUGUUACCUUUGAGAAAGUUCUGUCGAUGUUGUAGCAUUUGGAAAUUUCCCUUGAGAGCACAAUUAAGAGGGCGCCAGGAUGACUGAGCCUCAGCAGGUGAGCGCUCUGCCGCCGCCGCCUAUGCAGUACAUCAAGGAGUACACGGACGAGAAUGUGCGGAAAGGCAUCGCUCCCAAACCACCCCCUCCCAUCCGAGACAGCUACUUGAUGUUCGGCAACCAGUUUCAAUGCGACGACCUGAUCAUCCGUCCGCUGGAGAGCCAGGGUAUUGAGCGGCUACACCCCAUGCAGUUUGACCACAAACGCGAGCUCAAGAAGCUCAACAUGUCCAUUCUGGUCAACUUCCUUGACCUGCUUGACAUCCUCAUCAAAAGCCCUGGCAGCAUCAAACGCGAGGAGAAGCUGGAGGACCUGAAGCUGCUGUUUGUGCACAUGCACCACCUCAUCAACGAGUACCGGCCGCACCAGGCUCGCGAGACGCUGCGUGUGAUGAUGGAGGUGCAGAAGAGGCAGCGCCUGGAGACGGCGGAGCGCUUCCAGAAGCACCUGGAGCGCGUGGUGGAGAUGAUCCAGAACUGCCUUGCCUCGUUGCCCGACGACCUGCCCCAGUCAGAGGGCUCUGCCCCUGUGGGGGACGGUGCCGGGGCCAGCGGUAGUGUAGCUGGAGAUAUGGGUGGACCACCAAGACUGAAAUGUGAGCCUAUGGAUGUAGAGGAGGCAGGUGGAAGCUGCAUGGGGGAUCAAAUGGACAAAACUGCUGGGGUCUCCAAGAAAGACAAAGAAUGGGACAAAGAUGCAGCAAUGUGCAGUAUCAUUGACGAGAUGACUUGAGGCUUGAGGUGUUUGUCGUGUUAUGUUACAUUCAUGUUGUUUCUUGUCAUGUUCUAUGUGUUAAUCCACCCUGUGUAAAAGAUUAGAUAUUUCAAAUGUACAGUGCUGGCCUAUUUCUUACUCCAAACAUUCAUUUUUUUUUCUCUUGUGAACUACAUGGGAUAUAGCUGCCUCCUUUUUUAGUGGACUGAUGAGGAUUAUGUACUCACUUAGCGGAUCAAUAUAUUGCCAAACUCGCCUUGAAUAAAGCUGUGACUGAUCAACACGGA